ACAAAAUAAACAUUAUACAAGAAUUUGUAUUAAUGGUCUUGACGGCUGUCUCGUGCCUAGGGUUUAUUAUAAUAGCAAUAUCAUAUUUGAUAAUAAUAAACCUAUGAAUUUAUGUUCAUAUAUAAUAUGUGAUAGCGAUUAUGUGUGUGUAUGUGGGGGGUAGUCCAUGACAGGGGGCAUAUACUUUUCUUUUUCCACGUGAGUCCGUCGUGCUCUUUAACCAAUCAGAUGUGACCUCGCCAUUUCAACCAAUCAUAACCCGCCAGGAGCGCAGGCUAAAUCCUGUUUACAUGAAAUAAACCUGCUUCCGAGUAGGUUCAAGCUUACGGACAUGUUGCUAUGACAACAAAUGCGAGAAGCGCAUCGAAGAACGAAACAAUCCAAGAUCAGGACAAAUCCACAACAAUCAAAUCCAGCUAACUGAGUUAGCGACGUACGAAGAAUGACCCCUGCAGGAAUAGCUAGAAAACUAACAGGUCUACAACCGGUCUAAUAUGUCACACACUCCAGUCCAGCAAGUGGCGAAAGAAAAAAUAACGAUUGACGUCUUCGAGAAGGACAUAGAGAAUAAAUCCUUAGUCCGGAACACUGGGAUUUCCACAGAUCGUUAUCACAGACUGUCAUGUUGAAGAUAUGCAGAUGCCCCAGGUUUGCCUGUGCUAAGGCUUAACACGGUUUUCGACACCAAACACUUCCUCUUAACAUUAGAAACAAGACGGACUGUGUAAUAGGAAGUAACACAUAUAAAGAAAACCAUUUCUGAUGGUGUGUGUGAACUUGCGUCUGCAGAAAUGGUGAUUCGUGGCCUGUGGGUUUGUAAAAUCCGUUUGGUGAAGCACUUUGGGCUGGCCCAAAUCCUGUGCCUGUUUGUCUUUGCCUGCCUCGUGGCAGUUCUCUUCAUCGACUACAUAGAGUUAUGGAUCACUUCUCUAAGAAUGAAUGGAGUCGGGGCUUCCUACGGAGGGAUUCUUCCUCAGAGCGUGCCCCCUACACGUCCAGAAGAAUAUCUCCUUAUGCCAAGUCAGCUCGUUUGCCAGCGAGCGAAGCCCUACCUCAUCACCUUGGUGACCUCAGCCCCGACUAACAAGAAAGCUCGUCAGGCUAUCCGUAAUACCUGGGGUGGUGAAGUGCAAGUCCAAGGUUUUCGGGUCAUGACUUUGUUCAUGGUGGGGCAAGUAUUGGAUCCUGCACUGACUAAACAGCUGUCCGAUGAGGCACGGGAGCACGGAGACCUGGUGCAGGGUCGUUUUCUGGACACUUAUGCUAACCUGACCUUAAAGACCUUGUCCAUGCUAGCUUGGGCCAGGCGCUUUUGCCCCGAAGCUCACUUCCUGGCGAAGGUGGAUGACGAUGUGAUGUUUAAUCCCAGUGCAUUGCUACAGUACAUCAGCCGUAACUUGAAGGCACCAGAAGGGGAGCCUAAAGAACUCUACCUUGGUCGGGUUCACUUUAAUGUGCUACCAGACCAUAAUCCGGCCAGUAAGCACUUUGUCUCCAAAGACGCUUUCUCAGAUGCAGUCUUUCCUGAUUACUGCAGCGGAACCGCGUAUGUGCUUUCCCGUCCUGCUGUGCUCAAGCUUUCUCUUGCAGCUGCUGCCAUACGCUUGCCCAAGCCCCUGCCUCCUGAAGAUGUGUUUGUAGGUUUGUGUGCCCACAUAGCUGGAAUCUCUCCUAUCCACUGCCCACUCUUUUCUGGAGGACCACCCGUGACAUACGCACGCUGUUGCUACCAGGCCAUGGUGUCUGUCCAUCAUACCAAACCUGAGAACAUGCUCCAGUACUGGGCAGACAUGCAUUCCAAUGCGCUGUGCUCCUGGGUGGAAGUCCGGACAUCACUUGGCAUUUGCAAAUUCAGAGCACUUCUAGGACACUUGUUAUUGCCUGAAUUAUAAAGAGAAACACAUGGAUAGCCAAGGAGACACAUCUUCACAUGGCCUGAAGAAGCACAAAUGGAACUGCAUGAUAAACUACCAUGUAUAGUUGUUUUGCAGCUUUAUUUUAAUAAUGUGCCAGUUGUCAAAUACUAAUGUCUGUAGUAUUUAUUACAUUCCCUGUACAAGCACUUGGUAGUCAAAUGUGUUUAGUGUUUCCAAAACACUUAUAAAUGCCUUAUGUUGUUUGUGCUUUGCUCUGUAGUAGUCUAAAUCCAUAGCAAAAUAUGUGAUGUUUUACAAAUAGGAUGUGACAAAAUGUUGUUGAUGCAACUUGAUGUGAAUUCUCUGGGCAUGAACACUCUUUCAACCUCCCUGUCUAUGAAGUUCGAUGAUAGAAUGACCGUUUUAAUUUAUAUAUUUUCUAGAAAGAAAAAUUAUGGGUGCAAGAGUGCAAUGGACAGUUUACAAAUGGGAGAGUGGAAUUUGUACAAUCCUGCUCUUAAACCUGGUCUUCCACGGGAAUGUAAGCCUUAUGCAACAGGAUAGUGAAGUGUGAGAAUGUUUUUUUUUUUGUUGACAAGAUGGAGUAUUAAAGUAAGUUUUACAUGGUAAAAUUGAAAAUUAUUUGUAUAACUAAAUGCAUUGUGUUAUGACUUUUUUUUUAAUUGCCUAGGUUAAUGCACAUGAUAUAGUGUAAUGUGACCCGACAUCACUGCUAGAUCGACUAUAAAAGCAAAGCUGAAUGUAGGUUAUUGUCAUUUCAUCCACUGUUUAUACUCCUUUGUCAUAUCUAAUGAACCUAAAACAUAGCUGGGAUUUAUGAAGUCAGAAGGUUUAGAGACAUUUCAUUUGUUUAGCCACCAAACACACUGAGUUUACACUCAGGUUUGCAGGGUAAGUAGAUGCAGUCAUUAGCUCCAUUAUUUAAAUUAUUUAGAAAUGUAAAAUAUGUCUGACUAUAAAAUUCUGAAAAUGUAAAGAGCUAUGCAAAUUCACAAAGUUGGAAGGAGGUAGAAUGUGAUCAGAUUCUUAAAGCAAUACCUCUCAGUGAACAAAUCAGCAUUAUGUGAAUAAGGUCUGCACUAAUUUGAGUAAAUUCCUUUUUAACACCAUUCUAUUCUUAUUAACUAUGAGUAAAAACAGACAGAUUUUUUUUAAAGGCCAUCCUAUUUUUGGUCAUUAGUAGAAGUCCUUACAACAGACAUUACUGCUAGAGAUUAGGUAAAUGUACAUUUAUUUUAAUCUGCACGUGUCCAUUGCUCAUGACUGUGGAUUGGCAGCUCUAAAUUUUCCAAAAUUGUUUAAAAUUUCAUUCAUAGCACUGCAUAUCUAUGCUUACAAAUUCCCCUGACCUUCAUCUAUUGUUGGGUAUUUGGAGUAAAGUACUGUAUUAAUUAAGACUAUAAAAAGAAAAUGGGUCAGGAAUGGGACCAGCUUCUGCUUUGUGCCCCCACUCCACUGGUAUAGGCUCCAGGGAACAUUCCCACCACUGUACAGGAUAAGCAGUAUAAGGAAUGAAAGAGGGUGUGAGAGUCAGUCAGUGAUCAGUAUCUUGUAUUUUUCUAAGCCAUUUGUGAUUUAACAUGUACCCAUGAAUUUGACUUUGUGUUGCCAAACAUGCAAGCAUAACAAUUAGCAAGAAUCUGUACUUUCACUUCAUUAAUAAUCAAUGAAAACUAAACAUUU